CCUGUUUAUUGUUCGUCCCCAAACCUCCCAUUCCCUUCGUCCUCCGGCCGCCGAACGCAAACCCCGCCCAAAACCCUAGAGCCCCCGCCAUGGACGCCGCCGCGCUGGAAGCCCUGAUCCUGGACCUCCACGCCAUCGAGGCCGUCAAGCUGGGCUCCUUCGUGCUCAAGUCCGGCAUCACCUCCCCGAUCUACCUCGACCUCCGCGCGCUCGUCUCCCACCCGCGCCUCCUCUCCUCCAUCGCCUCCCUCCUCCACGCCCUCCCCUCCACGCGCCCCUACGACAUCCUCUGCGGCGUCCCCUACACCGCGCUCCCCAUCGCCUCCGUCCUCUCCGUCGACCGCUCCGUCCCCAUGCUCCUCCGCCGCAAGGAGGUCAAGUCCCACGGCACCGCCAAGGCCAUCGAGGGCUCCUUCCGCGCCGGCGACACCGUCCUCAUCAUCGAGGAUCUCGUCACCAGCGGCGCCUCCGUGCUCGAGACCGCCGCGCCGCUCCGUGCCGAGGGGCUCGUUGUGUCUGACGCCGUCGUCGUCGUCGACCGCGAGCAGGGUGGGAGGGAGAACCUGGCCGCCAAUGGGAUCACACUGCACUCGCUCAUGACCCUCACGGAGGUGCUCGCCGUGCUGCUGAAGCAUGGGAAGGUGAGCGAGGAGAAGGCGGGGGAGGUGAAGCAGUUCCUUGAUGCAAACAGGAAGGUCACGGUGCCUGGUUCCGCCGUUAAGCCCAAGGUGGUUAGGAAGGGGUAUGCUGAGAGGGCAGGGUUGACAAAGAACCCAAUGGGAAGGAAGCUGUUCGAGGUGAUGGAGGCUAAGCAGAGCAACUUGUGUGUUUCCGCGGAUGUUGGGACGGCAAAGGAGCUCCUUGAGCUUGCCGAUAAGGUUGGCUCUGAGAUUUGCAUGCUGAAAACCCACGUUGAUAUCUUGUCUGAUUUUACACCUGAUUUUGGAUCCAAGCUUCGCUCGAUUGCUGAGAAGCACAACUUUUUGAUCUUCGAGGACCGCAAGUUUGCUGACAUCGGAAACACAGUGACAAUGCAAUAUGAAGGUGGAAUAUUCCGCAUAUUAGACUGGGCUGAUAUUGUUAACGCGCAUAUAAUUCCUGGACCUGGAAUUGUUGAUGGCCUGAAGCUUAAGGGUUUGCCAAAAGGAAGAGGGCUACUUUUGCUUGCUGAAAUGAGCUCAGCUGGCAACCUUGCUAAUGGAGAUUACACUGCAGCAGCUGUAAAGAUCGCUGAGCAACAUUCUGAUUUUGUAAUUGGAUUUAUAUCAGUAAAUCCCGCGUCUUGGUCGGUCGCACCAUCAAGUCCCGCGUUUAUCCACGCCACUCCCGGAGUGCAGAUGGUUUCUGGAGGAGAUGCUCUUGGGCAGCAAUACACCACUCCUUACUCUGUGAUAAACGAGCGAGGCAGCGACAUAAUCAUAGUAGGCCGUGGGAUCAUAAAGGCCAGCGAUCCGUACGAGACCGCGAGGGACUACCGCAUCCAAGGGUGGCAGGCGUACCAAUCCAGCUUGCAAUGAAGAUGAAGAUGCUGCUCCUCAAACACAUCCAGUGUAAAACCUAAACUAUACUUAUUGAGGCGCCCCCUGCCCGACCGAUAUGUAAUAAGAGCGCGUGCCCGUUUCGGCGAGCACCGUUUUCAGAAAUAAUUCCGCAAUGCCCAAGUUUGGCAUGAACUGCUUUGCAGGUUCCUUGUUGCUCAUGCCUUUGGUUGCUUGGGCCUUGUCUUUUGAACUGUGAUGAUGAUGAUACAUGUGCUUGAUCGAGACCCCCACCAUUGCUCGGCGGUCAGCUCGUGGAGCCCCAAUCCUUUUCCUGUCUCUUGGGGUCAGUUUCAGAUGAAUUUUUUGUGUUGGUGACAAUGCAUACAACGAAGAACCUGGUUUGAUAUU